ACCUGCAGGCAGCGCUGCGAGCGCUGCGGCGGGUGCGGGUUAGGGGCGCCAUGCCGAGCCGGCCCGAGGACUACGAGGUACUGCUCACCAUUGGCGCUGGCUCCUAUGGCAAGUGCCAGAAGGUGCGGCGCCGCGCAGACGCCAAGGUUUUGGUUUGGAAGGAGCUUGACUAUGGCUCCAUGACAGAAAUGGAGAAGCAGAUGCUGGUCUCGGAAGUGAAUCUGCUCCGUGAGCUGAAACACCCUAACAUUGUUCGGUAUUACGAUCGCAUUGUUGACAGGACCAACACAACACUGUACAUAGUGAUGGAAUAUUGUGAAGGUGGUGACCUUGCCAGCCUGAUUGCAAGAUGUACCAAGGAAAGAUACUAUUUGGAAGAAAAAUUUAUUCUCCGUGUGUUGACUCAGUUGACCCUGGCCUUGAAGGAAUGUCACAGACGAAGUGAUGGUGGGGUCACUGUAUUACACCGGGACCUCAAGCCAGCAAAUGUCUUUCUAGAUGGCAUGCAGAAUGUUAAACUUGGAGACUUUGGACUAGCUAGAAUAUUACACCAUGAUACAAGUUUUGCAAAAACAUUUGUUGGGACUCCAUAUUAUAUGUCUCCAGAACAAAUUAACCGCAUGUCAUACAAUGAAAAAUCUGACAUCUGGUCUCUAGGAUGCUUGCUGUAUGAAUUGUGUGCGCUCUCGCCUCCAUUUAUAGCUUACAACCAAAAGGAGUUGGCAGAGAAGAUCAGAGAAGGGAAGUUCAGGCGAAUACCAUAUCGUUAUUCGGAUCAAUUGAAUGACCUUCUUACAAAGAUGUUGAAUUUAAAGGAUUAUUGUCGACCCUCUGUUGAAGAAAUUCUACAGCAUCCCUUGAUAGCAGACUUUGUAGUAGAGGAGCAAAGAAAAAAUUCUGAGAAGAGAGGACGAAGGUCAGGAGAGCCAGAAAGGCUGCAGUAUUCAGGUGCUGCAGUGAAUGAGCUGAAACUGAAGGAACAACAGCUGCAGGAAAGAGAACGGGCCAUAAAAGAAAGAGAGCAACGACUGGAACAGAGGGAACGGGAGCUCUGUGUUCGUGAAAGACUGACAGAAGACAAGCUUGCUAGGGCUGAAAGCUUGUUGAAGAAUUACAAUUUCUUUAAAGAACAAAGGAUACUGGCAGGUGCAAUCAGUCCAGAUGAUGAAGUAAUGCUCCCACUUCCUGUAAGAAAGAAGAAAGUUCAUUUUGGCGUGGAAACGAAAGAGAAUAUUGUAGCUGAUGGUAACUUGGAGAACUAUCCUCUCUCGAAAGGAAAAUGUGCUGAGCUGAAAAAACGACUUUAUGCUGCCAAUCUGCGGGCUCAAGCUCUGUGUGAAUUGGAAAAAAAUUAUCAAUUAAAAAGCAGGCAGAUUCUGGGCAUGCGCUGAAAUAUGCAACACCAUGUAUAAUAUUUGACAUUCGGGAGUCGCCCACAUCUAACUAUGCUUAAUAUGUUCUUUUUUUUGUGAACCAAAGGCCAAAGCCUAUUUUGUUCUAGCAGACAAUCUUAAUUUAAAUACAAUUUUUAUUUUUUCUACAUGCAGUAGUGUUGACACUGUUUCCUGUAUUUUUAAUUGCCUAUGUUACUAUUCAUAAUAUGCAAGUAAUUGAAAGUACAGAUGCAUUAGUCUUGAAGUCAUCAUCAGCUAUGAAAAGACUUACAUGAUUUUUAAAUAAAUUAACUUCCAGUCUUAAAAAAAACAAUGCAUGAUAGGUUAAGAGAAUGAAGGAUAGGUCUAAAAAUAGAAAUUAGUUUAUCUAUUGUGCUGGAAAACUAAGUGAUAAUGUAUGUGAU